AUGAGGAAACUUAUAAUUUUAUUAUUAGUUAGUUUAGCAAUUCUUGUAACAUUUGUUCAAAAGAAUGAUGCUAUAUCUUCAGGUACCAGCGUUACCAGUAUGUCUGGUGUUGGAUACACUGCUGCAGUUUGGUGUCCAAUUAUUAUGUGCGCGUCAGCUGUAAUUUCAACGAAAGGAGUUUUAACAACAGCUACUUGCGUCAACAAUUUAUCUCCCUCUGAUAUAUUAGUAUUGGUGGGAUCAACAACAUAUUACAGCGGUGGACAAUUUAUGGAUAUAGCAAAAAUUAUUCAACAUACAGCUUUUAACCCAACAACUUAUAACGCUAAUCUUGCCAUUCUUGGUUUUGCAACGGAAUUAGAUUCAGGUACUAUGAGCACAUACGGUAUUACUGUGGUACCACUUUGUACCGCAGCAGCUGCAACAAACACAUACGGUACAAUAACUGCUUAUGGAGCAAUCAAUGCAAACAUGGAUUUACCCGAUAACAUGCAAAGGGCUUUCUUAUUAGUUUUACCUUCAUCAAUUUGCACUACAUAUAAACCAAAUCGUUUAACAACAACAAUGUUCUGUGCUGGUGAUAGCACAGGUAAAAAAGAUUUAUGUCCAGAAGAUCAAGGUGCUCCGUUUGUAGCCACUGGUAAAUUAUGUGGUAAUUACAAUUGGGGAUGUUCAUGCGGCUUGGCAGCACCACAGUACUCAACACCAGUUUUCAACCAGAUCUAUCUUUUCGCUACUUGGAUUAAUACUAAUCUUGCUACUCUAUAG